AUGUCUUCAUCUAUUUUGCACCGAUGUCCAUCAUGUGGACAGAUAACCGACAUAUCCACGUCGCUUGCUGCCUUCAUCGAGAAUCCCCAUUGUAGCCAGUGUGGACUAUCAGCGUCUGAAAGUAGCCUAAAACUGCAAGAAGACCUCGCUGCGCUCUUCGACAGACAAAUGAGCAUGGGGACCGUAGAGGUUCCGGAAACCCCAGAGCCUUCUUUGCCUGCUUCGCCUACUUCUUCUUCCCAGCCAUCUCCCAUUACAUACAGCGUCAGCCAGCACUACCAUCAUUCCUCGCAUGUAGCGCGACAGACCCAGGUGGUCGGAACUGAAGAGCAACAGUCAUUUGGUACAUAUUCAGCCCCAACGGCAACUGAUACGAGUAAUAUACUGAGAAGUUAUGAUAUUGACCCAUUCACGCUAUCCCCAAGGCAAAUUGAAUUGUUUGAGGGCGCCAUACCGGAACAGAAGUCACGCUUGAUUCAAAUGUGGCAGAUUUGCCCAGAUACAGCGGAAAGAGGCCCAGCAACAGGGGCAUGCUUUCUCAAUUACCAAUAUCAAUACCAUGUCAAUACUUUCGUGGAGGAUCAUGGCAUGGAUGGCAUGGCGCAGGACGAGGAUGAAGACGAAGAUGGACAGCAGUAUGCAGAGCCAUACAUGGCUUCGGGAUAUGAAGCCCUAGCCCAGCGUGACUACGAACUCUCUGGGCGAAAGAGUUACCAGACAUCUCUACCAAGCGAACCCACGACUGGUGCUCCCUAUAGACUUGCGAGUGAUCCAAUUUACGAGAGCAAGCGAUGGUGGGAGCAUACAAACCCGCAGCCAAUGGAGCGCCAACACGGCGCAUUUGAGCAGCCCCAGCAUUCCAUGGUCUAG